UACCGAUUUUUCAUUUCUUGCUCACUUUUGUUAUAGGUUAUUUGAAAAAUUACGUAAUUUGAAAAAUAAAUAAAUAAACAAAACGAAAUUAUACGCUGAAUUAAUGUUUAAUAAGCUUCAAUAAUGUUGAAGUUUGGGUUAAAGUCUGCUAUAUUGGGCUCUGCUGUUUAUUACACGGUUGAUAAAGGCAUUUGGAAGGAUAGUUCUACAACUACAGCAUUGUAUGAAGAUCUUGAGAAAGGCGUUUCCCCAUAUGUUGGCGAACUUAAGAAGCAAAUUCCCUAUGAGUUGCCGCCACUUCCUUCAAAUGAUAGAAUAUCAUAUUUAUUCAAGUAUUAUUGGAACUGUGGAGUGAAAACAACAUUCCAAUUUCUAGUGGAUCUUCCAACACAUACUAGCAAUGCAGCAACUAAGACAUACAACCUGAUAUCAUCAUCACUAGCUGUUGAGCCCAGCACUAGUCCCAAUCAAGAGAAAGCAAAAUGAGAUGAUUUAGACAAAUUGUAUUUAUUUAUUCAUAGUAUGUAUAAUUACUGUUAUUGGUUAUUAAAAUUAUAAACACUGCAUAGUUUUUAUUUUAGGAAU